CAGGAUGGGAAAAUGCUGAUGACUGGAAGCAAGAGGGUCAGUUUCAGAAAAGAAGACAAGGUUUUGCAAUGGAGUACCUGAGAGAUAUCAUGGCCUACCAUAAAGAUGUCACUGGUCUCCAUGUCUUUAGUGGAGAUUAUGGCUGUGAAGUUUGCAAGAAUGGUGUCACAAAUGGAUUCUGGCGUUAUGACUAUGAUGACCGACCACUCGUUGAGUUUGACAAAGAAAUACCAGCCUUUAUCACAAAGGAUCCGGCAGGUGACAUAAUCAAAAAGAAAUGGGAGGCAGAAGGUUCUGUGAUUCAGGCCAAGGAAUAUCUGGAAAAGACAUGUAUUGAGAAUCUCAAGAAAUACCGGGAUUAUAAGAAGGCUAAUUAGGAUAAACUAGAUGGCCAAGAUUGAGGGGGACUCAGGAAUGGAGCUCCAUCUUAAGCCCAACCAAGAAGAGAAUGAGAAGCUGUGAAGAUCUUCAUUGCCAUCACCAUUACCCCUCUACUUAACAGUGACCUGUCAUUGGAUUUCCAGCAAAGAGAAUUACAUAGACCCAGGUUCUUCCCUGUAAGAGCUUUCAAUGUGAAAUAAACAGCAUUAAGCUGAACAACUAA